AUGGUGCUCUGCUCCGCGCCAGCCGCUCUAGCCACCACAGGCUUUCACUCGGUGGCUUCCGGCUGGAUUUGGUCUGAGUCCAGCACUCCGGCUCCCUGACGGGCUCUGCACGUGCGCCGCCGCAGCGUGGGCUCCGGCGACCCUGCUGUUCCUCGGCAUGUUCGAGGAGCCCGAGUGGGUCGAGGCGGCCCCAGCAGUCGUGGGCCUCCGUCCCGCGACAACGCAGACCCGGCCGGCGACUGCCCCGCCAGUUAAGGGCCGCAAGCGCCGGCAUCUCCUAGCCACAUUACGGACCCUGGAAGCAGCAUCUCUUUCCCGGAAAUCCCCCAGCCCCCCUGGCAGCGAUUCUGAGGAGGAGGAGGUAGGAAGGAAGAAUAAAUACCUCCAAAGGACCUCACUUGCCAAUACCUCUAAGGAAGUAGGGGAGAAAAGAAAAAGAAAAUGUCAAAAACAGGUGUCAUCUGUCAGUGACUCUGAGGACAAGGAAGUAGAAAGGAAAUGCUUAAGACAUAUUUCUCUUGGUGGGAUCUCUACUGAAGAAGAAAAAGGAAAGAGGAAAUGCCAGAAAUAUUCCCACUCACACCCAACCCAGCCCCUGGACAGUGUUGGCCAAACAGUUCACAAUUUGAGGACAAGUAUUGCUACAGUUGACCCAUCCAAGCCAAGCCCUGAGUCCACAUCCUGUAACUCCUUACAUACCUUGAGCCGCAAACAGUGGCGGAACCGGCAGAAGAACAAGCGGAGACACAAGAACAAAUUUCGGCCACUUCAGACACCAGAGCAGGUUCCUUCCAAAGCUUCCACAGAGGAGACUGAGACGCUCCCUGCACCAGCAUCAGACGAUCUGCAGGCUCGCGCUGGAGCCCUGCGAGCACGCAUGACACAACGGCUGGAUGGGGCGCGAUUUCGAUACCUUAAUGAACAGUUGUACUCGGGGCCCAGCAGUGCUGCCCAGCGCCUCUUCCAGGAAGACCCUGAGGCUUUUCUGCUCUAUCACCGUGGCUUUCAGAAACAAGUGAAGAAGUGGCCACUGCACCCAGUGGAUCGUAUUGCCAAAGAUCUCCGCCAGAAGCCUGCAUCCUUGGUGGUAGCUGACUUUGGCUGUGGAGAUUGCCGCCUAGCUUCAAGUGUUCGGAACCCUGUACACUGUUUUGACUUGGCCUCUCUGGACCCCAGGGUCACUGUAUGUGACAUGGCCCAGGUGCCUCUGGAGGAUGAAUCUGUGGAUGUGGCUGUGUUUUGCCUUUCACUAAUGGGAACUAACAUCAGGGACUUCCUUGAGGAGGCAAAUCGAGUGCUGAAACCAGGGGGUCUGCUCAAAGUAGCUGAAGUCAGCAGCCGCUUUGAGGAUAUUCGGACAUUUUUGGGGGCUGUGACCAAACUUGGCUUUAAGGUCAUCUACAAGGACCUGACCAACAGCCACUUCUUCUUGUUUGACUUUGAAAAGACUGGGCCUCCUCGAGUCGGACCCAAGGCCCAACUCUCAGGCCUGAAACUUCAGCCCUGUCUCUACAAGCGCAGGUGAUCAGUGUAUACCUGUUAAAAGGGGAGGGCUCAGACUCCAAACUCAGAACUCUGAAGACUGGACCUGCCUACGCUGUGAGCCAGGACCUGGUGCCACCCUCCUUCUGUACCAAGAAUACUGCUCAGCUCUACUCUGCUGGAGCCUUCUUGGCUACAAAAAGCAUGUAGUUACCUGAGCAGGCUCAAGAAUGAGGAGUUUAUUGUGAAGGGUUUGGUAUAUCUGGGAACUGUGGGUCCCUUCAGAUAUCAUGUAAAGUAGUUGGCUUGAAAUUGAUGGAUCUCUGGGUUUGGUUUCUCUUCAUUUUUCAGAAGGCUCGUGGGCACUCCACUGUGCCAUCUUCUGUGUUGUCUAGUCUCUGCUCGUCCGUAGAUUCUGCUCCUUGAACUACAAGGCUACAGACACACAGCUUUUGUCUCAUGGCAGGUCCCAGUGCUAGUUUGCCAGUUGGGGCUGGGAGUUAUUUAAUUUCAUUCUUGGGGCUGAGAAUCAUUUCAUUUCUUUUUUUCUUUCUUUCCUUCC